UGUAGCAUGGUUAGUAUCAACUGAUCAACAGCUGAUGUAAGCAACAUGAGCCUCUCAAGAGAGGAGCUUGCUUACAAGGCAAAGUUGGCCGAACAAGCUGAAAGGUAUGAUGAUAUGGCAGACGCUAUGAAAAAAUUGGUGGAAAACUACAAACCGCUCACCAAUGAGGAACGAAACCUGCUGUCAGUUGCGUGCAAGAAUGUUGUUGGUGCGCUUCGAUCUUCUUGGAGAGUUAUAUCCAGUAUAGAAUCGAAAACAGACUCAACCGAAAAGAAUCUAGUUAUAGCCUCAGCUUACAGAAGUAAAAUUACAGAAGAACUUAAAAACAUUUGCAAUGAUGUUCUGCAAUUGUUAGAUACUAUAAUAAAAAAUGAUGAUAGCGAGAAGAAUAAUGACAUUGAGAGUAGGGUGUUUUACCUGAAAAUGAAGGGCGACUAUUACCGCUAUCUGGGGGAGGUGUCUGAUGGGGAGCAGUACCAGGCUGUGACUAAAAAGUCAGAAGAUGCUUACAAGGAGGCCUACAAAAUUAUCAAUGAAUCCAUGGCCCCCACUGAUCCUAUUCGACUAGGAUUAGCAUUGAGUAAUUCUGUUUUCCAUUAUGAAAUUUUGAAUAAGCCAGACGAGGCCUGUAAACUAGCCAAAAAGGCAUUUGAUGAUGCAAUCGCAGAGUUGGACACACUCAGUGAGGAAUCUUACAAAGACAGUACACUGAUAAUGCAGUUAUUACGAGAUAAAUUGUUGUUGUGGACAUCAGAUGCCAAUCAAGUCGGUGACAAUGAUGGAGAAGGGGAGAAAACCUGAUCAUUUUUCUGCUAUGAAUUCUGCCAAGGACUAUGCUAAAGAUGGGAUAAAUAUGAAAGACAUUGAAACACUGUCAGAAAUGUCAGCUAUCUAUCAUUUGGUUUUUCAGUGGACUGCAAGUGACAAAAGGAAUAAGAUUAUAUGAACAAAAUGUUAUGGUUCCACUUAACAAAGUUUAUAACAACAUAGUCCAUGUUUUAAGGGCUCAUUAUUACAACUACAUUUUUAAUAGCGGAACUUGGUUUUAAUUCAAUCUGUUUAUGUGCAAAGGAUCAAUGUCUUCAAAAUCAUGUUUAGAUUUAAAUUGAAGUUCCAGCAUUUGGAAAUGAGUUUGAUUGCUCUACCUAUACUGGAAUCCAAACCUUCCUAAUAAUCCUUACAAAGAUAUAAUACAAUGUCCAAUAAAUGUUCAACCAAACUCCUUACUCCUCACCAAAAUAAUACCUGCCAUAAAGAAGAAGCCAGACAUACCAGGUGCGGAUCUAGGAUUUUGCCUUGGAGGGGGUGUUAUCACAUGUUGUGGAUUCUAGGACCGCCAAAGUCCUAGUGGGUUGACAACAGUGUCCUGUGGGGGCCUGGUGGUAAAGCCCCCAUAAGUUCCUGAGAAUCAGUAAUUAGAGAACCUUAUUCUAUGCAUAAAUGACUGAACUAUUACCCUUACUGUGAUGUAUGACAUUGAACACUGUAUUGUUGUUCUUUAAGAGGGGACACGUGCUGGGAGUGCCCCAGCUGAAUCAGUGCCUGUGUACUGUGGUACAUGUUCUAGAUGUGCUGUACAUCAAAUGGGUUUCGUAAAACUACGAAUUUGUGGAAUAUUUCCUUUAUUUUGCAAUGAGGGCCCCCCCUUUUUAAAAUUAUAACAGAUAUCAACACUAGAAAAUAAUUUCUCUAGAUAUGGGGCUUAUUUCUUUCAAUAGACUAAAUACACAAAAGUAUGUUCUACCCACAAAGAAGUUUUUAAAACAAGACAGGCUACUAACAAAUAAGUUGAUGAUACAGGGCUGUCAACGCUCUUGCUGAAAGUAAAUGUUUCAAAAAAUUCUAUGGUCCAUACAAGGACCAUGUUUACAAAUACAAACUGUCAAUAGGUUGAAUUUUGACCUUUCAUUCAGGGCAAACAAUAAAAAUUAAUUUUUUUGAUGUAUUCCAGUCACCUCUCAAAAUCACCCCUAUACCUGAUCAUUUUAUUUUAAAUUUUAUCAUUUUUUUUGUUUGUGACAAAUAUGGAUCAGUGUACAUCAAAUAAAAAAAAUUAAUGAUGGCCCAAGUUGUUUAGAUAUUAUUUUCAUACUAAAUUGUCUACAGAUUUCUCCAUUUACUUGAUCACGACAAGGGGCACACGGCCCAUGCAAACUGUCAAUCGGGAAUAUUAAUUCUUCAAGGCAUCUGAUUCAACCUCUAUUUAUUUUCCAGAGGUCCGUGUUUGUUCUUAUUACAAUUUCGCAUGUGAGUUAAGGCUAGGU